AUGGAUCACACUCGGGAUCCUUGCCCCUGGGUCGCCUUGAGCGAUUUUGGUGGUGCUUUCUGCAUGGGUGCCAUCGGUGGUGCUGUCUGGCACGGUGUUAAGGGUUUCCGCAACAGCCCCUAUGGUGAGCGCCGGAUAGGUGCACUCACUGCCAUCAAGGCUCGUGCGCCUGUGCUUGGUGGAAACUUCGGUGUUUGGGGUGGCUUGUUCUCAACAUUCGACUGCGCCAUUAAGGGUAUUCGAAAGAAGGAAGAUCCUUGGAACGCCAUUACCGCCGGUUUCUUUACCGGUGGUGCCCUUGCCGUCCGUGGUGGUGUUAAGGCCGCCCGUAAUUCCGCCAUCAUGUGUGCUGUCUUCCUUGCCGUUAUCGAGGGUGUCGGUAUUGGUUUCCAGCGAAUGAUGGCCGACAACACAAAGCUCGAGCUCCCUCCUCCUCCUCCCUCUGAGCAGAAGGCUCUUGCUUAA